UCCAUGAAAGAAUACUUUUUUGAAGAAAUUCCGCUCACAUUGUUUUCAUUUUCAAUACACAUUUCACGCUCCAUUGACCACACGCGAGCCGGACGGUGAUCGUGCACAAUUGCGCAAUGUGAGAAUCACAACUAUGAAUAUUUUGGAUCUACCACCAGAACUGAUAACUGUUUGUUUCUCUUAUUUGAAAGGGACUGAUCUAGCUAGGGUGGCACAGUCAUGUACAUUAUUUAAUGAAAUUUCUAGCAUUGAAAAACUGUGGCAGGACAGAUGCCGAAAAGAAUAUGGACUUCCUACAGACACCAAACUGAAUGUUUCAUUUAAAAAGUGGUAUGAGAAAGUCUUGCAUGAGAAUGGUAGUAUUGUCGGCUUGUGGAGAAUUAAUACAACUUGUUAUGGUGGACUUAUACAUAUCUGGUAUACAGAAGAGGGUGAUAUUUUAGCAGAGGAAUUCUACAGUCAGAAAGAUGUUCAUGAAAAAUUGCUGCAAAAAGAGCUUUUCUGUGUUGCUCUUGAUGAAGAAAAGAAUGUUCAGAAGCAGUGGUUAGCAAAUUGUUUGGUUCCUCAGCCAUGUGAAAUACAUGUAUAUAAGGAUACACGUGUUAAAGACAAGUUCAGUGUAGAGCAAAAAGAAAGAAAGAAGUCUGCAAGAGAAAAAGAACAGGAGAAGCUGAUGUUUCUGGAGGACUGUGAAUUACGAGGUACACAUCGGGAACUUUGUAUGUACAAAUGGCAGUCAUAUAAACAAAAUCAGUUUAAACAAAGUUUUGAAAGAAUUGACCCAUCCAGGUUUGAACCUGUUGCCAAGGUUCCUAUCCAGCCUGGCCUGUUUAAAGGGAUGUACGGUGGACAUGGGACAGAGAUUGUGCAUUUAUAUUAUACUUCCGAUGGAAGUUCUGGACAAGCUCAGAAAAUAUCAGGAGACCCUAACGUACCAUCAGGAGAAAUAAGUAUACGAUUUGAUAUAGACAAACAUAUGGUACUGAAUAAGGAUCAACAAGAGUUCAAAUUAUUGUCCGUGAUUGAAGCUGAUGAUGAGGAAACAAAUAUUCCCUACAAACCAGAGAAAAUGGAUCGUCAACCUUUUGUAAUUCCAUCCGACAUUAUGAUAGAUAAUAGGAAUGCAGUUUGUCCAAAAUACUGCAUAGCAAGGUUUCAUGGAAAGGGGACAGUAUCACCUAUGGGUUACAGAAAUCCAACCUUGAUCAAUAUUCAUUUCAUAGUGUUCAGUGAAAACCAGUUUGGUGUACUUUGGAUGGAUCUGCACUCAUUCUCAAUGUUUUCAAGGGUAGAAGAAAAUUUUCCAGCUCUGAGAUGAUAUCAACUGAAUCCACUUAUAAAACAAGGUUUGAUCCAGUUGUGCAACUCUUCGGGAAAAUAUUUGGUGAACUUGGAUGGAAAAUAGAAGCUGGGUUCUUCGUUUAACAGCUAAUUAAGUGUGAUCAACAUGGAAGUAUGACCAUAUCAUGCCUAAAUUGGGUUCUUCAUUAACAGCUAAUUACAGAAAAAGUUAUUCAUUUUGAAGUGAGAUAAAUUUGGAAAUGUGACCAAAUGACAUAAACUUACACAUGGAAACAAAUAUUGGUGGAUCAAGAACAGAUAUACAGAAAGUUUGCUUGAUGGAGUUUAUUUGAAAGCUCAUUUGAGCCAUGCCAUGAGAAAACCAACAUAGUGGGUUUGCGACCAGCAUGGAUCCAGACCAGCCUGCGCAUCCACGCAGUCUGGUCAGGAUCCAUGUUGUUCGCUUUCAAAGACUAUUGUUAUUAGAGAAACCAUUAGCGAAUGGGCAGGCUGGUCUGGGUCCAUGCUGGUUGCAAACCCACUAUGUUGGUUUUCUCAUGGCAUGGCUCAUUUAUUUUUAAGAUAGUUAAGCUUACCACUUCCCAUUUUGAGAUGUCGAAGGUACUGUUUUAAUGUUAAAAUAUUAUAGAUGAGAGUUACUUAUCUACUUUGUGGAUCGCUUUUAAUGUUAAAUGCUAAUUUUUAAAUUGUUAAGCUACAAUGGAACCUUAUGCAUAAAAAUUUUGCUGUAUUGACAAGUAAAUGUAGAUCUCAUAUCAGUGUAUUUACAUUCUUGUUAUAUAGGUAUAUUUAAUUUUACUGAGUGUAAAGACCACAUCAUUUAUAAGACUAAGCCAUUGUUUAAUAUUUAAUUUUAAAUAAAUCUCUUGCUAAGCAUUGAGAAAUAUCUGCAAUUAUUUUACCUCACUAAAACUUGUUUUCUUUUCAUAAUAUCAGCCAUAAUACUGAAAGUCAGGGAUGUCAAUUUUUUUUUUUAAUGGGAUUAUCACAGGAAUAAACGGUUCAGUUCUGUUCUGUUCCAUGCUUAGAUGUUCACUGAGAAGAUUUAUCAUUGGCCUAAUUAACCCUUUUAAAAAUUAUUCCAUUUAUUUUUUGCUAAAAUGGAUUUGUACCUCAUUUAAUCAUGAUUUUUGUUGAGCCCGCUUGUGGUAGCGAAGACAUAGUUGUCCAAAUGGCGGUUCGGUGUAUGUGCGUCUGUCCAGAAUUGUUUGUCCGGACCAAAACUUUGACAUGCAUGGAGCAAUCUUGUUUAUAUUUGGCAUGAAUGUUAACCUCAGUGAGAUGGAAUGUCAUGCGCAAACCACAGGUUCCUAUCAAAGGUCAAGGUCACAGUUGGAGGUCAAAGGUAAUUUCAGAUCUUGCCGGCCCAUAACUUUGACAUGCAUUGUUUAUAUCUGGCAUGAAUGUUUAACUCAGUGAGACAGACUCUGUCUCAAAGGUCAAGGUCACAGUGGGCGGGCUCAACAUGUUGCCCAUGGGCAUCUAGUUAAACAUAUAUUGUGACAUCAAAAUGACCUUUGGUUCAUAGGUUAUAGACAUAUUUAAUUUAGUUUCUAUAUGCAUCUACAGUAACUGUUGAUCAUGGCUUAAUGGCCACCUGUAUUAAACAGGCACUUGCUUAAGCAGCCAGUCAACAGACUUUCAAAAAUUCACAUUAGUCAAAUAUCUGUAUAAUCUUAUAAGGAGAAUUGUUUCGUGAUUCCCUAUUUAGAUUUUCAGAUGGUAUCAGACAAUUCUAGUAAAUUGCAUGAAAAUGUUCCAGCAGGUAAAACUUAAAAAGUUGAUUUAUAUCUAAUGGAAAGGCAAAUGCAAUGAAAAACAGAGAUGUCUGUUUACAUGCAAGAAGACGGAAAAUAAUGAAAAUUCAGUAUAUGGUUGUUAGAGACUACAGACUAAAUUUUAUACUAUUUCUCCAUUUUUACCAGACCAAUUUGUUUUGUUUUUUCAUUUCAUAAAUCGGUCUGAAAAGUUAAAAAACAAUCCAAAAGUGACAAACCGGCAAAUUUCCAAAGCCCUGGUUGUUACUGUUUACUUUUUGCAAGAUCUAUAUAUGUUAUAUUGACAGUUUAUAUCUGUCUUAUCAGUUUUUAAUAUACAGGGAAUCAUAUUAAACAACAUAGGCUAUCAGAAAUAAACAAAAGAAAAAAAAUAUUGUUGAAAUAUAUUUUCUAGGAAUUAGGGGUUUUUUUUGGUAAAAAAUCUGUCUAAAUCAGAAUAUUUUAUCUAAAUAACACAGAAAAAGCAGAGAUAUCCAUGAUUUUUAUGUUUUUCGUUCUCUUAUGUAUGAUGUAAGCCACUUAUACAGUAAAAAUGUACAGAGUUGUCUAGGAAAUCAAUUCUGAUAAAGAAUAUGCAAUUUUAGUUAUAGUUUUAGUAUAUUAAACGAGGAAUUUUCUCUGAAAAAUAAAAAGUUAAAGAAAAGAAUUUCAAGUAAAUUUUAGAAUUUGUAACAUUAUUUGUAUCAGUUAUGUAAAUUUAAUUUGUUAUGAAAUUUAUAAUUCAUUCAUAGUUUGUUUCUGUUUUUGGUUCUCUUGUUUGAAUACCAGUUUCUAAUUUGCCAUUGUUACUUGAAAGUCAGCAUGGUGACAUAACAUAAUGAUUGCUGAAAUUGAUAGAGUAUAUAUUGAAGUGGAUGUGUGUAAGUUUUUUAAAAAAUUCUGUAUGUAUAAAAAUAUUUCUAGGAAAUGUCCUUAAAAAUGCCCCCCC